CUUUGAAAAAUAUCCACAAAACCCCUCUCUUCUUCUCUCUUUUUCUCAUUCAUUCUUUAGUUUCAAUAUCAAAGCAAAAAUGGGUUCUUCUUGUAAUGUUGUUUCAAUGGCCUUACUGGCUUGUUUGGUGUUGAACUCCUUGGUUUUUGUUGCCCACGGUGGUGACUUUUACCAGGAUUUCGACCUAACAUGGGGUGACAGAAGAGGCAAGAUUUUCAAUGGUGGCAAGCUCUUGUCUUUGUCUUUAGACAGGGUUUCAGGGUCUGGUUUUCAAUCUAAGAAAGAGUAUUUGUUUGGAAGGAUCGAUAUGCAACUCAAGCUUGUUGCUGGCAACUCAGCUGGCACUGUCACUGCUUAUUAUCUGUCAUCUCAAGGGCCAACCCAUGAUGAGAUAGACUUUGAAUUCUUAGGGAAUCUGAGCGGUGACCCUUACAUUUUACACACCAAUGUCUUUACACAAGGCAAAGGCAACAGAGAACAACAGUUCUAUCUUUGGUUUGACCCUACAAGAAACUUCCACACCUAUUCCAUCAUUUGGAAACCCCAACACAUCAUUUUCUUGGUGGAUAACACCCCCAUUAGAGUCUUCAAAAAUGCUGAAUCCAUUGGUGUACCAUUCCCCAAGAGCCAACCCAUGAGGAUUUACUCUAGUUUAUGGAAUGCUGAUGAUUGGGCCACAAGGGGUGGAUUAGUGAAAACUGAUUGGGCAAAAGCACCUUUCACAGCUUAUUACAGGAACUUCAAUGCCAAUGCUUGUGUCUGGUCAGGAACAAGUUCAUCAUGUGCUAAAACUAACUCGGUCUCCGCCGGUGCAUGGGAAACAAACGAACUUGAUGCACCAGGAAGAAGAAGAUUAAGAUGGGUUCAAAAAUAUUUCAUGAUUUAUAACUAUUGCACUGAUUUGAAACGUUUCCCUCAAGGUGUUCCACCAGAGUGUAAACGCCCAAGGUUCUAAAAUCAAACCUGUUCCACCAGAGUGUAAACGCCCAGGGUUCUAAAAUCAAACCUCUCCUCUUUUCCAUGUAAUAUAUUCUUUUUUCACUACUUUCUUACUAUGUAUUCAAGUUGCACUCAACUUGAUGCUUGGGGAUGGAUGGAAUAAGUUAUUAUUAUUAUUAUUCUUUUUAUGUAUUUUUAUUUCUCUUUGUUGCUUCUUAAAUCAUCUUGAAAAUAGAUGUAAAUUCCCUGUUUCUGACAAUAAAAUUUUCCUCUUUUUGAGUAUUUAA